UAAAUACAUAACCAAGGUUGGCUUAGUAACAAUAAGGGAAACAGAGGUUUCUUCAUCCUAAUCAUCGUUCUUAUGGAUACCUUAAGGCCGUUGGUGGAUGAAAAACCGGUGGUUAUUUUCAGCAGGAAUAAUUCUGAUCCUGUGAGCCAUUCCAUGAAGCAGCUCUUUACUAGCUACGGUGCAAAUCCUGUAGUUUAUGAGCUGAAUCAAUUACCGAAUAGACAAGAAGUUGAAAAUGCCCUUGAUCAGGUGGCGGUGCAGACCCCAAGUGUGCCAGCUAUCUUCAUUGGAGGGAACUUCAUUGGUGGGGCAAAUGAUGUUAUUGGCCUUCAAGUUCGUGGAGAACUAGUGCAAAAGCUGAUUGAUGCACGAGCCAUAUGGUUUUGGAACAGAAACCAGUAGUUAAUAAUAUCAAUAGUCUACUGUAACUCUGAUAAUUGUGAGAGUAGUUUUUGUUUAUUUUAGCUGUAUUAAGAUGAGGCUAAAAGUGUUUAAUGCCGCGCCUUCACUCCUGCAGAAUACAGUAGUUAUGUGUGCUAGUUAACAUAUGCCAGAAGUCGUUGCUUGAACAUUUGAUCUUCAUAAUUGAAUAAAGCGUCUU